GGUCACAUGGGUGGCGCGGCCGCUGCGUCAGUCACUGUCCUGGUUGCGGGAGUCGAGCGCCGUCGCUGCCGCCGCCAGCGGACGGGGCGGGGGAUCCCUGUGCCAGGUCCUCGUCAGCCCGCCCCUGCCUCCUCAGCCAGCCGUCCCGGUCUGGGCUCGACAGUCAUGGAGCGGGGCGGAACCUCCGCCUGUGCUGUGUGAGGUGCGUCGCCACCGCCGCCGCCUGCGCUUUUCGAGACCUGCCGAACCCCCGCCGCCGCCCGGAGCUCCUCGCCCUUGGCAGUUUGUCGCCGCCCCCCGAGCGGGUUCGAAUGCGCGUCCGGUGAAGGUGCAGGCCCGGCGCCGCCUCUGCCGCAGCCGGGAAAUGGUUCGGGCCUAGCGGAGCCGGGACUGGAGGGAAUCUAGAGCAACAGCAAAGCUGAGGUCAAACUGCCAUAAGGAUGGACACCAAGGAAGCUGUGUUUGGGACAAAAAGAAAUCAAGAUAAGCAACAUGAACCGUGAAGACCGGAAUGUGCUGCGUAUGAAAGAACGGGAAAGGCGGAAUCAAGAAAUUCAGCAGGGGGACGACGCCUUCCCACCUAGCUCUCCUCUCUUUGCUGAGCCAUACAAAGUUACUAGCAAAGAAGAUAAGCUGUCAAGUCGUAUUCAGAGUAUGCUUGGAAACUACGAUGAAAUGAAGGAUUUCAUAGGAGACAGAUCUAUACCAAAGCUUGUUGCAAUUCCCAAGCCUACAGUACCGCCGACAGCAGAUGAAAAAUCUAACCCAAAUUUCUUUGAACAGAGACAUGGGAGCUCUCAUCAGAGUAGCAAAUGGACUCCAGUAGGACCUGCACCCAGCACUUCUCAGUCUCAGAAACGGUCCUCAGGUUUACAGAGUGGACACAGUAGCCAGCGGGCCAGUGCAGGUGCCAGCAGUGGCGCUAAUAGCAGUGGCCAGAGGCAUGACCGUGACUCAUACAGCAGUGGUGGGAGCAGUAGCCGGAAAAAAGGCCAGCAUGGAUCAGAACACUCCAAAUCACGCUCUUCCAGCCCUGGAAAACCCCAGGCUGUUUCUUCAUUAAGCUCCAGUCAUUCCAGGUCUCAUGGGAAUGAUCACCAUAGCAAGGAACAUCAACGUUCCAAAUCACCUCGGGACCCUGAUGCAAACUGGGAUUCUCCUUCCCGAGUACCUUUUUCAAGUGGGCAGCACUCAAAUCAGUCUUUCCCGCCUUCAUUGAUGUCAAAGUCCAGUUCAAUGUUACAGAAACCCACUGCCUAUGUGCGGCCUAUGGAUGGACAGGAAUCCAUGGAACCAAAACUGUCCUCUGAACACUACAGCAGCCAAUCUCAUGGCAACAGUAUGACUGAACUAAAGCCCAGCAGCAAAGCUCAUCUCACCAAGCUGAAAAUACCUUCCCAACCAUUGGAUGCAUCUGCUUCUGGUGAUGUGAGCUGUGUGGAUGAAAUUCUUAAAGAGAUGACGCAUUCAUGGCCUCCCCCUCUAACGGCUAUUCAUACACCAUGCAAAACCGAACCUUCCAAAUUUCCUUUUCCAACUAAGGAGUCUCAGCAGUCCAAUUUUGGCCCUGGAGAACAAAAAAGAUAUAAUCCUUCUUCUAAAACUUCCAAUGGGCACCAGUCUAAAUCUAUGUUAAAAGAUGACUUAAAACUAAGCAGCAGUGAAGACAGUGAUGGGGAACAGGAUUGUGAUAAGACAAUGCCAAGGAGUACACCUGGAAGUAACUCUGAACCUUCACACCAUAAUAGUGAAGGGGCAGAUAACUCCAGGGAUGAUUCUAGCAGCCACAGUGGAUCUGAAAGCAGCUCUGGAUCUGACUCAGAGAGUGAAAGUAGUUCCAGUGACAGUGAGGCAAAUGAGCCAUCCCAGAGUGCAUCUCCUGAGCCUGAACCACCACCCACAAACAAAUGGCAACUUGAUAAUUGGCUGAAUAAAGUGAACCCACAUAAAGUGUCACCAGCUUCUUCUGUGGACAGUAAUAUCCCAUCAUCUCAAGGCUAUAAAAAGGAAGGCCGAGAACAGGGCACAGGGAAUAGCUAUACUGAUCCAGGUGGUCCUAAAGAAACAAGUUCUGCUACUCCUGGACGAGACUCCAAAACUGUCCAAAAGGGAUCAGAGAGUGGGCGUGGGAGGCAGAAGUCUCCUGCACAGAGUGACAGCACAGCACAGAGGAGAACUGUAGGCAAAAAACAACCCAAAAAGACUGAGAAGGCAGCUGCUGAAGAGCCCCGCGGAGGCCUGAAGAUAGAGAGUGAAACUCCUGUAGACAUGGCUACCAGCAUGCCCUCCAGCAGACACAAAGCAGCUACCAAAGGCUCAAGGAAACCCAAUAUAAAAAAGGAGUCCAAAUCUUCCCCUCGACCUUCAGCAGAGAAAAAGAAAUACAAGUCAACAAGUAAAUCUUCCCAGAAAUCAAGGGAAAUCAUAGAAACAGAUACCUCAUCCUCAGAUUCGGAUGAAAGCGAGAGCCUUCCUCCUUCCUCACAAACUCCUAAGUACCCUGAGAGUAAUAGGACUCCCGUUAAGCCCUCCUCAGUGGAGGAAGAAGAUAGCUUUUUUCGGCAACGAAUGUUCUCUCCUAUGGAAGAGAAGGAACUUCUUUCACCCCUCAGUGAGCCUGAUGACAGGUAUCCACUUAUUGUGAAGAUUGACCUGAAUCUCUUGACUAGAAUACCAGGAAAGCCUUACAAAGAAACAGAGACACCCAAGGGGGAAAAGAAAAAUGUUCCAGAAAAGCACACAAGAGAGGCUCAGAAACAAGCCUCAGAAAAAGUUUCCAACAAAGGCAAAAGGAAACAUAAGAAUGAAGAUGAUAACAGAGCCAAUGAGAGCAAGAAACCCAAAACGGAAGACAAGAAUUCGGCAGGCCACAAGCCAUCCAGCAACAAAGAGUCAUCUAAACAGAGUGCUGCUAAAGAAAAAGAUUUGUUGCCUUCUCCUGUUGGGCCUGUUCCUUCAAAAGAUCCAAAAACAGAGCAUGGUUCUCGGAAGAGGACUAUUAGUCAGUCUUCUUCCUUAAAGUCAAGUAAUAACAGCAACAAGGAAAAUAGCAGCAGCAGCAAAAACAGUUCCUCCACAUCAAAGCAGAAGAGGACUGAAGGGAAGACUUCCAGUAGCUCUAAGGAGGUCAAGGAAAAGGCUCCAAAUAGCUCUUCUAACUGUCCUCCAUCUACACCAACUCCUGAUGCUUCUAAGCCUCGGAGAACGAAGCUUGCCUUUGAUGACAGAAAUUAUUCAGCAGACCAUUAUUUACAAGAAGCAAAAAAGCUAAAGCACAAUGCAGAUGCAUUGUCUGAUAGGUUUGAGAAAGCUGUAUACUAUCUUGAUGCUGUGGUAUCUUUCAUUGAAUGUGGGAAUGCAUUAGAGAAAAAUGCUCAGGAAUCCAAAUCCCCAUUCCUUAUGUAUUCAGAGACAGUGGAGCUCAUCAAAUACACCAUGAAGCUAAAGAAUUACUUGGCACCAGAUGCUACAGCUGCAGAUAAAAGACUCACAGUACUUUGCCUGCGAUGCCAGUCUUUGCUGUACCUGAGGCUAUUCAAACUGAAGAAAGAAACUGCUCUGAAGUAUUCAAAGACACUAACAGAGCACCUGAAGAAUUCUUAUAAUAAUUCUCAAGCACCAUCACCAGGUUUGGGAAGCAAAGCUGCUGGGAUGCCUUCCCCUGUUUCUCCAAAGCUGUCACCAGGCAAUUCGGGAAAUUAUUCUUCUGGGGCCAGUAGUGCUUCAGCAAGUGGUUCUUCAGUGACCAUUCCACAGAGGAUCCACCACAUGGCAGCCAGCUAUGUUCAGGUUACAUCCAACUUCCUCUAUGCCACCGAAAUUUGGGACCAAGCUGAACAGCUUUCCAAAGAGCAGAAAGAAUUCUUUGCUGAACUGGAUAAAGUAAUGGGUCCUCUCAUCUUUAACGCAAGCAUCAUGACAGACCUAGUUCGUUAUACCCGGCAGGGACUGCACUGGCUUCGCCAGGAUGCCAAGUUGAUAUCCUGAACUGAACACAUUCUUGUUGCCUCUGAUUUUCUCCACAACACUGUGUCACAUCACGAAGGAAAACUGCCAUAACAUACCACCUAGUCGACACUAAGAAUGAGGAAUGGUUUUCUCCUCCCUGGUUCAUGUGUUGUUUUUUAUAACCCAAAGCCAUCAUGUAGUUUGACCCCUUCAAUAUUCCCAAUAUGAAAAAUUAUUUAAAUGCUUUUAAAUCUGCAGCACGUUGAUAAGCUGGUUUCUGUAAUGAUUAUGUAAUCAUUAUUAUGUAAUCUUAUUACAAUGAUCUGUAAUAAGAUUGAAAUUUCAGUUGCAAUUCAUAACUAAUCAGUUGAAAUUCUAUUUAUUUUAAUUUUUUUAAGUGCCCAGAUUGGGGCUAGUUUAAAACUUAGUUAUUUCUGCCUAUGAAUUUACUCUGUUGAAUAUUUUGUGUAAAUUUAAUGUAGCCAUUUUUAUUUAUAUACUUUGGGAGCUUUGUUACCUAAAAAUAAUGUCUUUUUGUGGUAACUCUUCUAAGAGUAAGAGUUGGUUCAUCUAGAAUGUGGACAUGUUCUUUCUACACCUACUACCUGAUAUUACUUCAGAUCUUAAGUACAAUUUUAUUAUUGCAGAAUUUAUACUUAGUAUUAAGGAUAUUCUUCUACACAUGAAAAAUCACUUAAAUAUGAGAAGAUGGCGUUCUACAUGGAUGUAAAAGGAAAUGUGUCUGAUUUGGUAUGCAUUAUUUCAAGAACUGUGAACAUGUGUUAAUAACACUAUAGCAAUCACAAGGUGACUAUAACUUGCAUUUAAUGCAUUACAAAAGAGGGCAGGCAAACUUUCUAGGAGAAGCAUAUCAUGUGAAGUGUUUCAUAAAAGGACAAUCUUGAACCUUAUGGAUUUUAUUAAAACCAUGUUUUUUGUUUUUUGGGGUUUUUUGUUACUAAUAAUUUGACACUUAACUGAAACAGAAUAAGUUACUGUUGAACAAAGGAUGAUCUAACUCCUGAGCGUUGCUGCCUAUAUCUCUUGCAUUGAUGAUGUUUGUAGGGUAAAAUCUCUCUUCAGAAUUCUAAUUUAAAAUUUUUUUCCCACACUAGAUUGUGAUGCUCUGAUAGGAGCAUUCAGUGACUGAUGUAGGAAUGGGCUGGAGCUUUGGUGUGUGUGCUUUUGCUAUACAACUUAGAGCUCUAAUGCCUGAUGUAGAGAUGAUCAGUUUCUCCUUUUAAACCUGUCUUGUG